AUGGGAUCAGCUGAGAGACCGUUCCGUGUCAUCAUCGUUGGAGGUGGCGUGGGAGGCCUUACUGCCGCCCACACCCUCCAUCGAGCCGGCAUUGACUACGUGGUCUUGGAGAAAGGCCUCGUUGCUCCACCCAUGGGUGCGAGUAUCGGUAUAUAUCCCCAUGGCUCUCGGAUACUCGAACAGAUAGGGUGUCUGGCAGACGUGGAAGCCGAGUGCGUCAAGCUGGGUAAGAGCCAGAACCUACUGCCGGACGGGCGAACCAUCUUCAGCAGUGACUUCUUCAAGUACUCCAGGGAAUACCAUGGGUACCCCAUUCCUGUCCUUGAGCGACGCCGGUUCCUGGAAAUCCUCUACGAGAACGCCCCAGACAAGUCCAAGAUUCGAUCGGGAACCGCAGUGGUGGAUGUCAUUGAUCACGAAAAUGGUGUCAAGGCUAUCCUAGCCGAUGGUAGCGUGGAAGAAGGAGACCUGGUCCUGGGAGUUGACGGUGUUCACAGCAACAUCCGCAAUCUGAUGUGGCGGAAUGCCAACGCUGCCGUCCCUGGAUUGAUCACGACCGCAGAAAAGAAGUCCUUGAUCUGCGACUGGACAGCUCUUGCAGGUUUCAGCCCUACAGUUCCAGGAAUGAGCAACUGUAACAUGACUUGUACUCACUAUCCCGGCAAAUCGUUCCUGGUGAUCGGUCAGAAGAAGUACACCUUCUGGUUUGUCUUCUUCAAGAACGAGGAGACCCGCUACUGGCCUAGUUCUCCUCGAUGGACUGCGCAGGACGCCGAGAAGCGAGCUGCGGAAUGUGCCGACUGCCCUAUCUCCGACACGCAGGUAUUUGGCGAGUUAUGGCGAUCUCGCGUUCGAGGCGACCUGGUCAACGUAGAGGAGGGACUGUUCAAGCACAUGUAUUUUGGUCGGAUUGUUCUUGCUGGAGAUGCCGUUCACAAGAUGACGCCUAACAUCGGACUCGGCGGCAACGCAAGCAUGGAGAGCGUCGUCGUUCUCUCUAACCUCCUGCAUCGCGCCGUUCAGGCUCACCCGAGCGGCAAGCCCGAUAAGAAGAUGCUCGAGACAAUCUUGGAAGAAUAUCAAACCCUGCGGUACGAUCGCAUGCAGAAGAUCAUCCACUUCUCCGGCGAGGCAACCAGACUCCAGGCCUGGGAUAGCCUCUACUACAAGACGCUCUCCCGGGUCAUUCCAUACUUGCCAGACACGACCUCUGCCAAGAGAACCGGAGAGUUGAUCAAAGCCGCAGCCAAGCUGGACUACAUUCCAACUUCUCCUGCCCGGAAGGGAACCGUGGCGUGGGAGGAUGAAGGGCAACGGGCUUUAGGGGCUCAUCAGGCUGCAGUCAGCAAUGUGAGACGGUUGAUUCAAAUCCCGGUCGUGUUGCUCUCUUUUGGACUUUCGUUCUUCUAUCUGUCUGGGAUCAAAUUGUGA